AAAAAAAAAAGAAAAAGAAAAUCUAAAACACGAUCAAAGGCAAAGCCAUCAUUAUUUUCGUUUACGCUUUCAAAUAAAUAUUUUUUGAUUGGGGUUUUCCGAUUUCGCCUCCUUCCCGUUUUGGGCUUAACGUACGCACACCCUUAUUAUCAUUCACCAACAAAAGAAAUAAAUUACUUUUUUUUAUCGUAUUCAUCAGUCGCCAUCGUAACAUACACAGUGGUCUCUGUUUCACGCUUCAAUGGCGGUGGUGGACCAUCAUCAAGAUUCAAAUCGCUUCGCCAACAAAAAGCGUAAAAGAGAUUACUGCACAAGAAAGCUUCUUGUUAAUGAUCAAGUUGAGGUGAGGAGUGUUGAAGAUGGAUUUUUUGGGUCAUGGCAUUCUGGUUCUGUCAUUGCAUGUGGCAGCUGUAGACGGCAUUAUCGUCACGUGAGAUAUUAUCAUCUUUUAGCUGACGAUGGGUCUGGGAAGCUAGUUGAUAUGGUGACUGUUUCACCGAUUUUGAACGGUAUUGAUUUGGACAAGAGGGACUUAAACGAGAGCUAUCGUGGGAAUAUAAGGCCAUUGCCUCCUGUGGUUAAGUUUAAACCAUGGGGACUUCACUAUGGAUUCUGUGUGGAUGCAUAUUACAAUGACGCUUGGUGGGAAGGUGUGAUUUUUGACCACGACGACUAUUCACCGGAGAGAAUAGUAUUCUUCCCGGAUUUAGGUGAUGAAAUGAGGAUGGAUAUUGGUAGUUUAAGGGUUACUCUGGUCUGGAAUGAGGUUACUGGGCAUUGGAAGGAGCGUGGGGAUUGGAUUUUUCUUGAGUUGAUAGAGGAGGUCGAGAAAGAGUCCCGUCUUCCUGUUUCUGUGAAGCAAAUAUGGUAUGACAUGCGGGAGAAAAAGGAUUUUCAGAAGGCAAAGGAGUGGACUUGUACUGAUAAAGAGUUAUGGAACAAGAUGUUCUGGGAGGUCAUUGAGGAUUAUACUGGUAUUAUUGAGAAACAACAUUGUCCAACGUUGGGACUUUCAGAGAACUUGUUGCCAAUAGAUAUGGAUAAACUGGAGUCAGCUGAACCUGAUAAAGAUAUUAUCAUGAAUCCCCAAGCAGAGCAGAUUGGCUCAGAUGAUGUUCUGCCUGUUAAUACCCCUGUAAAUAGUGAUGUAGUGAUUUAUCAAGGAGCAAUUGUGAUGCCCAGGUUGGAUUCAGCUCAACUUGGUACAGAGUUUACAGAUGUUAACGUAGAUCCUGAAGCAGUACUGAUUUGUUCUAAUGAUGUUUCACCUGUUGAUAACUCAAUAAAUAAAGACGGUGUGGUUUGUCAAGAAGAAAGUGUGAAGUGUGCGUUGGAGUCAGCUCAAGCUGGUAGGGAUGUUAAUAUGGAUUCUGAAGCAGAAAUGACGGGCUCUUAUACAACUGUACCUGUUGACAAGCUAUUGAACAGUGAAAUGGUGGCAGAUGUUAUUGAUGUUAAUAGCUGUAUUGAUAAGAUUAAUUAUCUUCAGAUGUGUGAUGACACUGCUCCAAGUGCUGUUUCGAUGGAACCUGAUAUGGAUCAAUCAACUUCUAUGGUGAACAUUGAUGAAUCAAAUAUGAAUAUCUUAGCUGACCCAAGCAUAUCACAUUACAGUGAAGCAUUUUGUAUGUUACCUCAGGCUUUACCAAUGACGCCUUUCUAUCAUGGUGGAAUUUCUAGUGCUGGUUCUAAUAGCUGUGGCGUUAAGGGCAAUGGGAAGUGUAAAAAUCAAGCCCGUGUGAGUACUGUAAAUUGGUUACCUUUUAGCUCAGAUAUGAUUCAAGGGGCAGAGUUUUGCCCCAAAGCUGUUGAUGAAUACUAUGACCUACGUUGUAAAGAGUCUGGAAAAGAAAAAAAGAUAAAUUCUAUAAAGAUAUCUGUUUGGAAGCAUCUUUUAUAUUUGGGUUGGAAAUGCGAAACUUCACAUAAGGACGUAACCAGAAGACGGUAUACAUCACCUGAUAAAAGAUGUUUCUAUUCUCUUUUUGCAGUCUGCAAGCACUUGAAGGAAUCUACCAGAGAUACAACCUCCCAAGAUGAACCAAAAGGAGAGCAUUCUUUAAUUGAUUCGUGUCCAUGUCUUAAACAAUCAGAAGAUAGUCAAAGUCCUGAGUUUUAUCCUCACACUGCUGAGUUCCCUUGUUGCAUUGAAGACAACAAACCUGACUUUGGCUUUCAAUCAGUUAUGCAGUAUUAUUUGAAUAGCUACAAAAAAGAUCACAAAAGAAAGGCAGAGGAGCUGUCAAAUUCAAAGAAGUACCUCUUUUCUGUGGGAUGGAAGGUUGAAAAGCAUCGCUAUGGUUCGGGAAGAAAGAUUGUGAAAUAUAGGUCACCCACAGGAAAGACAUAUUGGUCCUUUUUAACUGCCUGCAAAGCUUGCUUGGCUGAAGAGUUGUCCAGAGAUGCUGCUUCUGCCUGUAGACUAGCCACAAGCUUAAAUGACACUGGAGAAAAUGAGGGAUGUUCAACUUUUAGUAAUGUGUCUUCUCCCAUGAUAAGUGACAUGGCCUUUCAACAAAACUUGGUUCAACAAAACAUUCCUCCCCAAAAGUUAUCCAGCGAGAGUCACAGUGUGGCAGGGUUUAAAAAAAUUAUAAAGAAUGGAGAAGUUAAAGUUAAAAGGAUUAGAAAAACUCAAAGGAAGAGAAAUGGUGAUUUGGUUGGUGAUGUACAUGCAUUUCAAAGACAGAUUAGCCUACAUCAAAGAAGAGAUGGAUUAAAAAAUUGUCCAAAGAAGGAUGGAAAACUGAGUCAUUCAACAUAUCGAAAUUCCUCCCAUCUGAAGGUGAAACAAAGUAAAAAAUCUAAAGCAUCGAUCAACUUAAGAAAUGUUGAGGAUGGUACUAAGCCAAAACGCGUAUUAAGGUCUAGCAAACGUGUGCAAGAGGUGGUUAUUCCUAAUUCCUCACACCACAACCCACGAACUGUACUUUCUUGGUUGAUUGACAAUAAUAUGGUUUUGCCAAGGGCAAAAGUAAAAUAUCGUACGAGUAAGGACCAACGUACUAUGGCUGAAGGAAGGAUAACUCGCAAUGGGAUCAAGUGCAGCUGCUGUCAGAAGUUGUUUACUCUUGCUAGCUUUGAAGUCCAUGCUCGCAGCAAGCAUAAUAUACCUGCUGCCAAUAUAUUUUUGGAAGAUGGAAGGUCUCUCUUAGACUGCCAGAGGCAAGUCAUUAAUAAUUGUGAGAUGCAAAACUCAACAACAGAAUUACAUGAUAGAGAAAAGAGUAAUUGGCAGCGAGGUGAGAAUGACUACAUUUGUACUGUGUGUCACUAUGGCGGUGAAUUGAUGCUAUGCGAUCGUUGUCCAUCAUCAUUUCACAAGGGUUGUCUUGGUCUGAAGGAUAUUCCAGAUGGUGACUGGUUCUGUCCAUCUUGCUGUUGUGGGAUUUGUAGAGAAGGCAAAUUUCAAGAUCAAGAAGACAAGGCACACGUGCAGGAAGGAAAUCUCAUCUGCUCUCAGUGUGAGCGUAAAUAUCAUGCUGGGUGCAUGAAUAGCAAUCAGCUAGAUAAGUUGGAAACUUGUCAUGCAGGAAACUGGUUUUGCUCUGAAGAGUGUGAAAAGAUAUUUUUGGGCCUACAGAAGCUUCUUGGAAAAACUUUUACAGUGGGGAAGGACAAUUUAACCUGGUGUUUAUUGAAGGCCAGAAAGACUGAUGGUGACAGUAGUACUGACUCUAUUGACAUGGAUGCCCUGACUGAGAGUUAUAGCAAGCUCAAUGUUGCUCUUGGGGUGAUGCAUGAGUGUUUUGAGCCUGUUAAGGAACCUCUCACGCGGAGAGAUCUUGUAGAAGAUAUUCUAUUUAAUAGAGGGUCUGAUCUUAAACGUUUGAACUUUGAAGGGUUCUAUACAGUACUCUUACUUAGAAAUGAUGAGUUGAUUACCGUGGCUACAGUAAGGGUUUAUGGACGAAAGGUUGCAGAAGUUCCCCUUGUUGGUACUAGAUUUCAAUAUCGUCGACUAGGAAUGUGUCGCAUAAUGAUGAAUGAGCUUGAAAAGAAACUCAUGGAAUUAGGUGUGGAGAGAUUGGUUUUGCCUGCUGUUCCUAGUGUACUAAACACAUGGACUACUUCUUUUGGGUUUUCAAAGAUGACAGCUUCUGAGAGGUUACAGUUUCUGGAUUAUACUUUCUUGGAUUUCCAGGAUACUGUCAUGUGCCAGAAACUGCUAUGGAGUGUCCCUUCGGCUGGAUUAAUCACAUUAAAAGGAUUACAAUCCAAUUUUCAUGAUGAUAUCAUUGAAGCAGGCAAUAACAUUGAUUGUGAUAGAUUAAGUGCUGUCUCUGAAGUAUAUCAGGCAGAACAAAUCGAAGACAAUCAUCAAAUUGUGGAUGAAGGACAACUGCACCAUGUCAGGCCAAAAGAAGACUUCUUCAACGCCAAGCGAUUCUUCAAGUGCGACUAGAUGAGGUACGACUGAUGGUGGUGCAAUCACAAAAACAACCCAACCUAGCUCGUAGCAUUAGACACGACGAUUGGAAAAGGAACACAUUGCAGAAACGACUUUUUUUUCAGCUUACCACAGUCAAAAUUAUUUGGAAUGGGCAUAGUGUGGGAAAUUGGCAAUUGGUGGAUGAGGCAGGCUCGGACUGUUGAAUGGCGAGGUUACAGAAACCACCAAAGGGAAGUACAACAGUAGCAUGUUGAAGGAAUGGGAUCUUUGCUACGAGGAUGAUUGGGAUUGUACAACUGAGUGUUCGACACAAAAACAAAGAAGAAGAAGAAAAAGGUAGUUUGUCUUUCUCAAAGGACUUACUCAAGACUUGGAUGAUGUUUGAGGUAGAAUUGUGGAAUGGAAUUCGCUUAUCCGAAGUCUUCUCCGAAGUGUGUAGAGAAGAAACUAGGAAAAAAGUGAUGUGUAAGUGACUAAAACCUAGAGUUGGUGGUUUGACUCAUCUCCGGGGGUGCCAAUACUGAAGGGGAAAUAAGAAAUCCCAAGUUCGAGUCUGUUGGGGUUUUAUGCCCUAAUUAAAACCCAAAUAUGUAAUCUCAUUUUAUUAUCAUUAAAAGAAUAGAAAUCAUUUUUUGACUUGGUCAAUCACUUUGCUCACAU